AAACUAGUAGCUGUGUGAUUUACUUCUUAUUCGACAAAAAAAAACAAUAACAUGCUCACAACAUUUUACGAAAAUCGGUUUAAACUGUAGAAAAUUAAUUUAAAAAAAAAUCAAAUACUCAAAAUUGAAAUAAAGUACGGUAUUGUUACAGGUAAAUUUAAUAAAUGUGAACUUCAAAAAUAAUGGUUGGAAUAACAUUAUAAGCAUGGGGCAUUGGUCAGACAUAUUUUAUAGUCAAAGUAAGUUUCCUCUGCUAACACACACAAUAUCGAACAUUGAAAACGAAGAUCAUUAUAUUGAAGAUACGGUACCAUAUCAUUCAAAUAUUAUUGUUAUCAAUUGUUUAAACUUUGAAGAAUUUGAGGAGUCUUUAACAAAAACAACAGAAAGUCCGUAUUGGCAUCCUUUAGGAAAUAUUGUUGUUCUGUUUAGAACCUUUCAAAACGACAUAACUGUAUCAAAAAUAUUCUUUAUUUUGUGGUAUUUCAAAUCUCCUAAUGCUGCAAUAAUACAAUAUGACGAUGACAAAGAAGUAUUAUUUUUGUCAAGUUACGAGCCUUAUGUGUACGAAAACUACACACUUCCAUUAGUAUUUGGAUGUUGGACUACAAAAAAAAUCGGCAUACCAGUUGAUGGUUUUCAAAAUGGAUUCACGUGUGAAGAAGAAUGUUAUAAUGUAUCUUCUCAAUCAAAAUUUCGAGCUAACAAUCUGGGCACCUGCAUUGGAUUUUAUACUCGAUUGAUACCUUACAGUGAGUUAAAAACUGUAACCAUUCUUGAUUUGUUUGAGCCCAAAGGCAGAAAUCUCCACGGGUUUCCUCUACGAGCCUUUACGACAGAAGUUAAACCAUUUCUUACAAUAGAAGAGGAAACAAAUAAUACAUAUUCAAUUGGAUCAAGAGAUGGCGAAUUGUGGAGAGCUAUGGCAAAAGUCAUGAAUUUUACUAUUGAUCUAUCUCCGAGCGUUAGUGUCAUGAAACUGCCAUUUAAUUUCGAAUUAAAUAUCCAACACAUUUUUUCAUUCGCGCAUAGGAAGGCAGAUCUUUUCCUUAUACCCAUAUAUCAAAUGGAUUUAAUAAUUGUAGCAUUGGAUCAAACAUUUAUCAUAGCUGAUAGUGGAGUUUGUUUAGCUGCUCCUAGAGCAGAAUUCGAAACUAUUUUGUUUGAUUUUAAACUCUUACAGAACAAUUACACCAUGAUCAUAAAAUUCAUUUUUAGUUUUUUAGGAUCUUGGAUAGUGUUUUCAGUAUUCAAUAUUGCAGAAAAAGGUGACAUAAGUUUAGAUCAAAUAGGAAAGGAUUUCCUAAAUUGUAUACGAAAUAUUUUAGUUAUUUCAUUGUUAAAACCUUCUAAAAAGGGGUCCUUUCGAAUAUUUUUAGGCUUUAGUCUGUGGAGCUACUUCAUUUUGAAUUUUGCCUCUCAAGCAGCUAUAACUUCUUUCUUCACGGCCAUGAAAAAAGGAAAGGAAGUAGAAACUUUCGAAGAUGUAAUUCAAAAGGGUUAUAUUAUUGAAGGUAUGGCAUCACCAGAUGUAGUCCUUCCAGAUACAGAAGAACAAUUCAGAAAGAUUAACUCCAAACUAGUACCAAUUAACAAUUUAUUUACAUGUAUAGAAAGAAUGAAAAAUGAUAGCAGGAGAUUUUGUCUCAUAGAUUGUGAAGUGGGACGGUAUUUGGAACGAAAUGAAUUAAAUUAUAAAGGUCAACAAUAUUUACAUAUAAUUAAAGACAAAAUACAUAAUCACUAUUUAAAUAUGAUAUUUCCUAAACAUUCACCCAUGACAGAGCAUUUUAACAAACAUAUGAUGGCAAUAUUUGAAGGGGGCCUUGUAAGAAAAUGGGAACAAUAUCGUUUUAGUGAACUAAAACAAGAGAUUCCAGUAAAGCCUUUAGGCAUGGAAGAACUUUCAAGUAUUUUUAAAUGCUAUUUUCUUUUUUUGGGUUUCACUUUUAUUUUGUUUGCUACCGAAGUAAUUUUUGGUAAUUUGAACAAAAUUGUAAAAAGAAAGGGACGUAGUUACUCUUAAUUUAUAGUGAUAAACGUGUAGGACAUUGAGCAAUGUGAGGGAUUAGAGUAUUGUUGUACCCAUUGAAUAACACUCAGAUUUAUAUUUUUAAACCCAUAAUAUAAUUUAAUUCUUCUGUACAAAUAGGUUUAUAAGCUUUAAAAAAACUGUGACUGUAUUUCAAAUCAAAUCUAUAAUUCCCUCGGGAGGUAAAUCAAUCAUAACUGCAUUUGCAUUGUAUUUUUAAACUCUGAUGUUGCUCUGAUGUCAAUACCAAACUAUGUAUGCACUUCACAAUUCACAUUCCUUUACUUGCCCAAUUACGUUAACCAACCUAUACGUUUUGCAUUACAUUUCUUUCCUCAAUGUUUUAAACGACAGUGACGCAUAAAUAGAUAACAAAUCACAAAGUAAAUGUGGCAUGGAAUUGAGCAGAACAAAGUGAGGCGUGUCAUUAUAUUGUUACAUUUAUACAGUUGUGAGGAGUGUUAUUUAAUAUUGUGUGUUGGAUUUACUGUAAUGCUAUGUUACUUAUUUGAUCAAUAGAAUAAUAAAUAAAUAAUUAUAUACGUCA